GCUGCUUCAAAAGUAAAAGGCUAAAAGCUUAAAGCUAAGCUUAAAGUAGCUGCCACUCUCUCAUGCACCUGCUCUCUUUCAGGGUAUCACUCUUCCACAUACUCUCUGAUGGCUACAACAGCACUUGGAGAAGAACACUCCCAAGCUCUAAAAUGCCAGACAUGGGUUCUGAAAGUAUCUAUCCACUGCCAAGGUUGCAAAAGGAAGGUCAAGAAAGUUCUGCUAGGAAUUGAUGGUGUUUAUGCAGCAACAGUUGAUUCACAGGAACAAAAAGUCACAGUUACAGGCAACAUUGAAGUGGAGACCUUGAUCAAGAAACUCAUCAGAACAGGCAAGCAUGCAGAGCUUUGGCCUGAAAAACUUCCCUCAAAGGAAAAAGUAUCUGCGAAAGCAAAGGCCAUGCACAAGCAAAAGAACCCAAAGAAAGACCAUGAUUUCAGUGAGAAUGAGAGGGAAAAAUCUGAUAAAGUUAGCGAAGAUGGAAUGAGUGAAAUGAAUAAAGAUGUCGUGAAGUCACCGGAAAAUUCUACCGACGGGGGUAUCGAGUUACCUGCGGUGAAGAACUCUGGAGGUGAAAACGAGAGUGGUGGGGGUAGGGGUGUCAAAAGCGAAGGUAAAAAGAAAAAAAGGAUAGGGCAGAAAGGUGAUAACGCCCGCAAUAAUUCAAAUUCAGGUGCAUUAUCUUCUGGUGCAGCUGCAGGUAUUGGAAAUCAAACUGAAGGUUUGGGAAUGGAUCAAGUAGUGGGCCCAAGUAAUCUCAGCCCAACACGUCAACAAUCAGUAGUUCCAUUCCCCCAAGGGUUCAUGAUUCCAGCACUGUAUGCAUCAAGUUACAGUGUGGCAUAUCCUAGGGAAGCUCCUGGUGCAUUGUAUUAUGUUCCAAUUCCAGUGUAUGCACAUCCAAGUAGAUAUAAUCAAGUGAAUCCACUGGACUCUCUCUACUAUUUCAGUGAUGACAACAUUAAUGGGUGUUUCAUCAUGUGAUCAGAUCAGAUGAAGAGAGAAGGGCAAGCAAUUUUGCACUUAAUGUGAUCAAAAUGGGAGGUUUCUUUUGGGUUUUUUAUAUAUGUGGGGUUUAUGGCUUUUUUUUGUUGGGGUGCAAGUGGUGAGCUUGUGCUUUUGUUCUUAAUGUCCUAAAGAAUGUGUCUGAUGAUGAAGGUUUUGUAUGAACAUGUAAAAAAUCCUGUGAUAUAAAAGCUUCAAAGUGUCAUGUGCUAUGCC